AUGAGAUGUACGCGCAUGGCGCUACAGAGCCUCAGGAUCGGUGCCAUCGUGUCGCAUCAGCAGCAGGAUGCAGCGAAGGAGGCUCUUCUCAACACAGCCCGGCCAAUGACCGGUAACAGCCUUAUCGAUAUACACGAGAGCGUCUUCAAGCUCAUAUUGGUACACGCACACAGCACGAAGCUGUCCAUAACCUCAAGCAGUGCCAGGGAUCCGAAAGCGAAGCUGGCCCUGACGCUACCCCCCAUGACGAUGGAGGCACACGAGAAGGUGGUGGGGGAGCUGGUUUGGGCAUCCCUUGCACUUACGGCGGACAACCCAAGUGCUGUUGGCUGGUGGGAGACCACCUUCAGUUCUACAGUGUUACAAGUUUAUGCGCCCAGACAGCUCAACGCUCCCCGCGGUUUCGCCGGUUACUUCACUUGCCGUUGCUACGAAUCGUUACCUUUUUAUCGUCACUCUCAAUCAAAUUCUUCCUCUUCUCCAUUCUCGGAACCUCUACUGCGGGUUAUGAAUUUGACCUCCAACAACUUCCCUAGCGACAUGUUCCAGAAGAUUCAGAAUUUUGACAGAGUGAAGAACAAUCCCAAAGCAAAGACAUAA